AUGGUCCAGCCAUCGGAUGAUGCACAGGAUGGCGAUGUGCCCAUCUCAAUCUCAGAUGUGCUGGUUCCUCGGCUGGCGGAGACGGAGCCCGAGACCAGCAAAGAGCCUUCGCCGUCCAAGCCGCCGAAGAAGAGUAGGAAGACUGCGCCUAAGGCAGUGAGGACGCCCAUCAGAGCGUGUUUUUUGCAAGAAGAAGCGCAGGGACGAGGCACAGCGAUCGUGAAAGAGGACAAAUGUCAGGAGGCCCGCAGCUCCAAAAGCAAGGCCGACACGCUCUUGACUGAGGCCUCGGAGGAUCUGCGGGCCGAAGACACCGAAGCAGCAUCCGCCGGCUGGGAUCGCAGCAACGUGGCUUCCCACACGGAUCCGCAGGACAAAGCUGCGAAGGGGCCGGCAGCGGAGGCAGACACGGCUUCCCACACGGCGGAUCUGCCGGGCAAAGAUGAGAGCGGGCCGACGGCGGAAGCAGGAGCCGAUGGCUCGGCUCACGGUAACGCGGAUUCCCGCACGGAUCCGCAGCCCACAGAAGCGAAAGCGCAACAGGCCAAAGACAUGAAAAUGGUGAGAGUGCAAAUCGUGUCCGUCGACAGUGGCGGAGCCAAAGGCACCGCGGCUUCCGACGCUGACGUCGCAACAACAGCAGAAGCCGUGGCUCCCCACGCGGACUCGCAGGCCAAAGCCACAGCGGCUAAGAACGCUGAAGUAUCGUCCGAAGUUCUGGCAGCGGCAUAUGAGACGUGGCUCCAAGAUGUGGACGUGGAGGGACGAUGUCUUACCGACGAGGCAGCGGAGAGACUCAACCUCGGCGGCAGCUCCGAAGUCAAAGUGAGGCGUGGGACGGAGGUUGCUGCCGGGCGGUACUACAUCGAGGACACCUCUGGUAAGGGAAGUUUGUUCAACCGCGAGGUGGACAUCGACCCUGAGGUGGACUUGGAGCCAGUGGCAGAGGCCACAGCACGCGAGAAGCGAAUCAAGCGCCUGCUCGUCGCUCUGCUGCGCGGUGAGGGGGCUCACUUCACCGUGAUGGUUGGUGGUCUGCUGAAAGAGGUUGAAGAGUGCCGCUCUGAGAGAUUGCGGGAGCGCAUGCGCACUAUCCUCGGGAGUUACGACUGCGAGGCUCGCCGGGCACAAAAGGCCUUGCUGAAGCUGAACGACCCCCAACAAAAGUCCAAACGUACGUCGCUGCUCAAGAGCGCGGACAAGGAGACCGAGCGGUCGGACAUCGACUCUUUCAACUUGAAGUUCCAGAACAUGCUCUAUGCCCCCGAGGUUCAGACGUCAUUGCGAAAGAUGAGGAUCCCUGCGCCGUUGGCGUGCGAACCAAUGGUGCUGGCGGCAGUAGCCGAGACCGCCAAUGAGGAGACCCUGGCCACGGAUGCCGUGGAAGCCCUCACGGCUGCAGCGUGGCUGCAGCUGCGAGCGGGCACUGCCCUGGAUAGCUUCCUGUGCAUGGUGGCUUUGGCUUGCUUGUGCUUGGUCACCUGGAGAUGUCGCUAUGGAGACAUGGAGAUACAGCCUGCACUGUGGACGGUGACGGUCAUCCAAGGGAAGGAGGCGAUUGAAUGGCUGGCGCAGGUGUGGUCCUUCGUUUGGUUUCGCGUGAGCCAGUACAUGGGCUGGCAGCAGGGAGUCCAGGAAGGUCAGAAGGAGGAGCACAUAGGAGGGAAGCUUCGUCCGGUGGAAUGUGAGGUAGACACUCCUGCUCCAAGCCUGGAGACGGUUGCUGAUUUGGUUUUCCUUGUCACGGGCUAUGCUGCCAUCUUUGUGCAGAUGGAUCGCUGUGGUGAUCGGGAGUUGGACCAGCUUUUCUUGCCAUGGUUUUGUGCCAUGUACUGGCUCCGGCUAGGGUAUAGCCUGCGAGGCGAGCGAUGGCUGGGGCCCUAUCUCCUGCCCAUCCUAUCAGCAGUCCGAGACACUGGGGCCUUCUUCUUUGUCACCUCCGUUUGUGUUGCUGCUUCCACCCAUGCAUACGUCAUCCUCAAUGCCCGAGGAGACGACCCUUUCCCAGUCUAUGCCGCCUUCACCCACACAGUCAGGCUUGCGAUCUUCGGGGAUUUCGACAUGUUUGAAUACCAGGGCCAAGACCCAACCUACACCUACGCGGAGAAUGGCACUGAGAAUGGCACUGGUGCGUGGGAGCCCAACGACCCUGAUCCCCGAGAGCUUGGCACUCUCACGUACAUGUACCUUCAGCUCUGUUUCUUCUGCACAGGCGUGGGCGUUGCAGUGCUGCUCAUGAACUUGUUGAUUGGUAUUCUGGGCCAAAACUACGAGAUUCACCAGGAUCGGGCGCAAGUGCUGUUCGUGCAGGCCAGGGCACGCAUGUUGCUGGAACAGCAACGCAGACCUUGGGUGAGGAUGGCUAACUGGCUCCACCGCAUGGUAAUGGACCUGCGUCCUGGACACCAAGAAAACUGCGGCUGCUCGGACAUGCAGUCCAGGCCAUUUUUGUCACCAUGCUGGCUGGGCGAGAAGGCGCUGAUCUUUCUUUGGCCGAUCAUGCAGCCUCUACAUCCAAGAGACUCAAAAGACAUCUCCUACCACCAGCAGAACAUCUUUCAACGUUCGAUGCAGCGCGCACUGGAGCAACCGAUUAAGAAUGCUCUCUGCCGUCGCCUUGUCAUCCCGGUCAUGUUUUUGUUCCUGCUGCCUGCAUCGCUGGUAAGUCUACUGAGUCUACUGGUCUUUGCGGUCUCCUGCCUGCUCCUGAAGAUGAUUGGCGGCCAGGUUAAAGGCCUCCGCUACUUCAUCAACCUCAGCAUCUUCGGCCUCUUCGGGGAUCACUUCGCCGACGAGUGCGAGAUCUUCGCGCUGGUCCGGAAGGAGCCAGGCAUGGAUGAGCUGCGAGGCAUGCGCAGCGACCUCAAGGAGAAGAUGCAAAGUCUGGAGAAGCAGUGCAAGGAGCAGAAGGAGAUGCUGACCGAGAUGCUGACCAAGAUGGAGAGUUCGAACCAGCACAUGUGCAAGAAGAUUGACCUGCUCUUGGCGGCGCAGAAGUUUGCGAACCACUGUGGCCUGAAAGAAGGUGGCUCCCAUGAUGCCAAAGCGGCCUCCAGGCCGGAAGAGGCGGACGGCGUGGCGCAGGGUCAAAGUCUCCGAACCACCGUGGCCUGA